AUGUCUAUCUUCCGCCAAGUUUUCUCCUGCCUCCUGGGAGGCUCGCCGGCCUCGUCGCCGGCCUCCACCCCCAAACCAUCUCUCAUCCCCGGCUUCGGCGCCUUCAAGGCCAACCACAUCGCUCCCACUCUGUCUCCCAUCGCCGGUACUCUCUCUUCACCGCGGGUAUCCUCACACGUCGGCUCUCCGGACACUCGCGAUGACGCACCGGAGUUCGUAGACCGGCAACUCGGACUUGGCGUUCUCAUUGCAAAGGCCAUCGGUCUGCGUGUGCAACUCGGCCUGGUAUCGCGUUGCCUCAAGUUUCCUUCUGAGGCGUCCUCCAAUGGCUCGGACAACAUUCGCGGCUCUCGGUCUCCUUCUCCGUUGGUGCUCGACGCGCCUGUGACCCCGGAGAAGUACGAAUCACGUCGCAACCUCCCUCCUACCUUCGCCCGCUCGACACCGCCUACGGUCUACUGGAACCCUGCCCCUCCUACGCCUCCCGGUGACGAAAAGUCUUUCGGCAAUGUUCCCGUCGCUCGCCGCCGGGUUCCGCAUCGUAGCAAGGCCAGAAAGGAAAUCAAGAACCUGACGGCCAGGUACAUCCGGGCCUUGGCUCCGACCUUUGGAAUGCCGCUGCCCUACGUCGAACCACUUCCCGCUCUUCCGGUCAACGGUCCUGGCAGUCAGGCUAUUCUCGACACGGCGCCUUUCCGUAUCUCUAGCGCCGACACCGAGCCCGCUUGGUCCCCGCGGCAGAGCGCGGCCGCGGCACCCGCCCCGGACGUGCCUCAGGAUGUGAUGGAGUGCGAAGACACGCAGGUACAACCCGACGACGACUUUGAGCUUGAGGACUUCGAAGACUUCGAGGACUACAAGCCUUCCGCGCCCAGUGUGCCCCAACACCCGGACGGCACCAAGUAUCACAUCCUCGGCAAACUCGGGGAGGGUUCAUUCGGGCGCGUCAUGUUGGCAGGCACCAACACCGGAGAACUCGUCGCGCUCAAGGUCAUCUACAAGCCCAUGGCUUGCGAGCAUCUGGACGCGGAGGACCUGUACAACGAGCGUGACCUGCUCGCACUGGCCGCGGAACAGGGCGCACAGUUCGUGGUGCACCUCAAGGCUGCUUGGGAAGAGGGGGACAACGUGUAUUACGCCAUGCCCCUCUGCACCGGAGACCUGCGGUCGCGCAUGCUGGACGCCGUCGAUGCUCGCAAGGCGAUCCCGGAACGCGAGGUCAAGCUUCUCUGCGCGGAAAUGAUUCUAGCACUCGAGGAACUCGAACGCCUACGGAUCGUACACGGGGACAUCAAGCCGGAAAACGUCCUCAUCACCAGUACCGGCCGCGCCGUCCUCACCGACCUCGGACUCUCGCAGCGCCAGCCCGCACCACAGCCGGGCUUCCGCGACGGGCCGUUCUCGGAGUGGCGCGCGCCGAAGAUGUGCGGCACCCCAGGAUACUUCGCACCGGAGGUACUGCGCAUGCACGCCGGAAAGCGCGGGCCCUUCACGAGCAAGGCGGACGUCUUCAGCCUUGCAGUCGUCCUCAUCGAGCUCCUGUCCGGAAACCCCGAGCUUAUAUGGGACACACUUCCGCGCGCUAGCAAGGUCGGCAUCGCGGUUCAGCACUGGCCGGAGGACGAUCACUUCACGCGCCAGGCGAUGCGGAUGUUGCGGGACGGGCUACACGGUGUGCUGGAUGGGAUUGCGGAUCUGGACGCACGGGACAUGCUCUCACAGAUGCUAGAGGCGCGUCCUGAGGAUAGGCCGGCCCCGGCGGAGCUCCUGCGGCACCCGUACUUCCGGGGCCUGAACAUCGACGACGUGCGUGCUGGGCGUGUACCUCACGACUACCAGCCACAGUUCUUCGGCAACCUGAACAAGAUUGAACAGGAUGUCAGCUUCCUGACUUGGCAACACCUGCGCUCAAAAGAGCAUGCACCCCCGCCUAGUGCGCCGAUUGGGCCACUGACGGGGUUCACCUGGCCGCCUGCCGCACCCAAAAUGGCGACCUGGGAUCUGCCGAGUCCAGAGGAGAUCGAGAAUUGGUGA